UAAGUGAAACUGGUAAGAAGGUAGCUCAGUUUGAAAACCUUUUAGCCAACAAGAGCUUGCAACAUAUAUACUUGUGUUGUGCCCCCAUAAAGUGCUCAAUACCACCCCCAAAAAAGGAAGGAAAAAAAAGAAGAACAAACUAAAAAUGCAACCACUCCUUUCUUCUAGAAUACUGCUUCCAAUUCUGGUGCUGCUUUCUCUUCUUUGCACAUCUUGUGCUACAAAUUCACCAGACAACACUUUUGUUCACUGCCUUGUGAACCAUUCUGAGCCCUCUCACCCCAUAUCUGCAGCAAUUUUCACACCAAAGAGUCCCUCAUUCUCUUCAGUCUUGCAAGCCUACAUCAGAAACCUCCGUUUCAACACCUCCACAACGCGGAAGCCAUUCCUCAUAGUCACUGCACUUCAUGUUUCUCAUGUGCAAGCAGCCAUUGUCUGCGGCAAAGAGCACAACUUGCUGAUGAAAAUCCGCAGUGGAGGCCAUGACUACGAAGGGGUGUCUUACGUGGCUGAACACCCAUUCUUCCUCCUUGACAUGUUCAAUCUUCGAUCCAUUGAGGUUGACAUGGAUACUGAGACCGCUUGGAUCCAAACUGGUGCAACACUUGGUGAAGUUUAUUAUAGAAUUGCUGAGAAGAGUAAAACUCAUGGUUUCCCAGCUGGGGUUUGUCCCAAUGUUGGUGUGGGAGGUCAUAUAAGUGGUGGUGGCUAUGGCAAUCUCAUGAGAAAAUAUGGCACUUCAGUGGACAAUGUUAUCGAUGCACAAAUAGUGGAUGCUCAAGGUAGGGUUCUUAAUAGAAAAACUAUGGGUGAAGAUCUCUUUUGGGCCAUUAAAGGUGGUGGUGGAGGUAGCUUUGGUGUUGUCCUUGCCUACAAGAUAAACCUAGUUCAUGUUCCUGAAACAGUCACCGUUUUCCAAGUUGAGAGAACCCUAGAGCAAAAUGCCUCUGACAUAGUUUACAAUUGGCAGCAUGUUGCCCCAAGCAUUGACAAUGAUCUUUUCAUUAGGCUCAUUUUGGAGGUGGUGAAUGGUACACAAGUUGCAACAAAGACAGUGAGGGCUACCUUCAUAGCCCUCUUCCUUGGUGACUCCAAAAGCCUUGUUUCUCUCAUGAGUGAGAGGUUUCCUCAAUUGGGUUUGAAGCAAUCCGAUUGCAUAGAAACAACCUGGCUUCGAUCUGUGUUUUUUUGGGACUACAUGGACAUUGCAACCCCACUUGAGGUUUUGCUUGAGAGACACCCUCAGUCUUUGAAGUACUUGAAAAGGAAAUCUGACUAUGUGAGGAAGCCAAUUUCCAAGGAGGGUUGGGAGGGGAUUUGGAAGAAGAUGAUUGAGUUGGAGAAAGCAUCAAUGUAUUUCAACCCUUAUGGUGGAAGAAUGGCUGAGAUUUCAUCAGCAGAAACUGCUUUCCCUCAUAGAGGUGGGAACCUAUGGAAGAUUCAGUACAAAGCAGAUUGGUAUGAGGCAGGAGAAGAGGUAGCAGAAAACUACAUAAACUCGGUAAGAGAGCUUCAUAAGUACAUGACUCCUUUUGUCUCCCAGAACCCAAGACAAGCUUUCAUGUGUUACAAGGACUUGGAUUUAGGCAUCAACCACCAUGGUUUUUAUGGCUAUUUUGAAGGGAGUGCUUAUGGAUAUCAAUACUUCCACGACAACUUCAAAAGGUUGGUUGAAAUAAAGACCAAGGUUGAUCCUACCAAUUUCUUCAGGACUGAGCAAAGCAUCCCAGUACUUAGCCAUGUGGAAUUGGGUAGAAUGGUUACUGAAAAAUCCUUGGUUUCUAUCUUGUUCGGGUUGUUCGCAUUAAAUUGGAUUCGGACCUCAAGUAAUUAAAAUGUACUAGAUUUCGUCUUUAAUUUGUAAUUAUUUCUUUUUAUCUUAUGACACGAUGUCAUGGUGUUAAAAAAAACUUGGAUCCAUUGAAUUCUUAAUAAAUUGGGUUCUGAAAAGAAAA